AUGAAGAAUAUCAGGCACGCAAGUUGCACCAGCGUCAAGAAACUUGGGUCUGCAUACACGUCGCUCAAAACGACGGCGCAUUGCAGACUUUUGCCUGCCGCUUUUGCUCUCGUCUCGUCACGUUUCAUCAAUUUUCGUUCAUUUUUUUGUUUUUUCUUAUUUCCAACGCUUUAUUGAAAUACUCAAACUAAUAAGAAAACUUCAGAGAUGCCGUUUUCGACCUUCUCGUCCCACGUCGACAUCAACCUUCUCGUGCCAGAGGCUGAUGGUGAGGUGUCCCUUGGCGCUCUCCCGGUGAGUUUUUACUUGUUAAUGACUUAAAAAAGAGAAAAACUCAAGUUGUGAUGGUUUGUAUGGAACUCAAAAUGGAUCACUACGACUUUUUUUUGUGAAUUCAUAUAACUGUAAGUAUUUGACGUUGCCUCAAACUGGCUGAGAAAAGUCGUUUGUACAAAUUAUGUCGGUGUCGCAAAUUUGAGCAUGAAUCUUUCAGUUGCGCCCUGCGGUCUGGCCGCCUGCGCCGCCCGUGCCUCGUUGGGUGGCUGAGCGCGAGGCUCAGGUCGCUGCUGCUGCUGCUGCGUCGGCCUUGCGUCGGGCCUGGCUGCCGGUUGCUGCUGAGGCUGCUGCUGCCGGCGCUCGUCGUUUGAGCGCCCGCUGA